AUGGCCUCCGUCAUGGAGGAUGAGCCGACGCUCUACAGCCUCGGCGAGAUGUCCAUCGCCGAAUCGUCCUCGUCGCUAGCCGAAAAUCAGCCAUCGGAUGUUCUCCAGAAAGUUUACUACUACAUUGACGAGAAGAAGACUCCCUACGUCAUUGAAAUCCCUGACACCCCAUCCACACCAACAUUGGGCGAUUUCUUGGCGGUGUUCUCGUUUGCAAACCGUGGCUACAAAUACUAUUGCAAGGCCAUCGACAAGGAUCUGGGAUGCGAAGUGAAGCUGGAACUGCCCGAUGAUCACUGUAAAUUGAAGAAGUCGAGCAACGGUCUUUUCGAAUUGUUUCUGCUUUCAUUGACCAAUGGUUCUGGCACGCUCCCCCGGCACUCCGGCACUCUCCCCCGGAAAAUGGGUACAAAGCAAGGAGAUUAUGGCGGAUACGAAGGAAGAUAUGGGGAAAGAGUACCGAUGAGACGCCGUCGCUCUUUGGAAGCACUGGACUCAGCAUUUGCAGCCUCAGUGCCGUCUGUUAGCAGCCGGGGGACGACCGUUUUGAGCAGACGCGCUGGAGAGCAUUUGGCCGAAUUUUAUACGUCUAAUUCCGAGGAUCCCUAUGGUUACAAUGAGAAUUCAAGGUUGUCGUCCAUCACAGAUUCGUCACAUUAUGAUACUGUGGCCGUGCGACCUGGCGAAAGGAGAAAAAGGAAGCCACGGAAAGAAAGGUACCGAAAGGCAUAUGUCCCCAGCACGAUCAGCAGUGUCACCGAAAGUAGCCGCACCUCAUUGACGUUACCUCAGAUCAUGGAGAUCCGUUUGCCGUUGGAUGAAAAUUCCUACCUCGGGAUUUGUGUCGUGCCUUUCAAUGGGGCUGUGAUCAUCAGUGAUAUUACACCUGGCAGCGUUGUGGCACAAGAUGGACGGAUCAACGUUGGAGAUCAGAUCAUCUCUGUGAACCAACAGUCUUUCGAACAUUUCACGGAGCAAGAAGCGAUUGAGUGUCUGCGAAGAGUGGCUCACGAGCGAAAGCCACUGACCCUCUACGUUGCCAAGGGUCAUCUCUCCGAUUCGUAUACUGAAACGCUGACGACGUUGACUGCUGGGGAUCAAACGAUGCCUUUAGAUAUUCCCACAUGGGUCAGCUCUGCUGCGCACUACACAGAAAGGAUCAAGAAGGGGCUGCUCCCCGAUGAGACCACCUCGGAAAUGGAGCGCACAUUUGGUGAAGGGACCCUGGACGCGGAAACGGACGACGAGGAAGAGCAGAGAUUAUACUACGAACGCCGAAAUGGUGCCCCGUUGCCACGCUCUGCCCUUGAUGAGGCCGAGAGACGACGUGAGAAUCAACGAAAUGAGCAACGUAUCCCAAGCAUGGACCCGCACAUCAAGCUCUCCUACAAAAUGGAUCCUGCCGUUGUUCUUCGGGCCGCCGCUCGUCCCGACUCUGGCCUGGUGAUCAAGGACCGGAAAUGGCUGAAAAUACCGGUUCCGAAAUCGUUCGUUGGCAGCCAUUUUAUCGAGUGGCUCCUCCAGCAUGUUGGUGAUCUACAGGAUCGAAAAGAUGCCAAAAAAUAUGCCGCCCAACUCCUCGGUCAUGGAUAUAUCAAGCACGUCGUCAGCAAGAAGCUGUUCACCGCCAAGUGUUAUUACGUUUUCGAUGAAGCCCGACUCGGCUCCGAGUGUCAGGCCAACACGAGCGGUGGCACCGGAAAGAUUGAAGCUACGACUGAGAUCACUUAUUGUGGAAGCCCAACUACUCGCGGACGCCUGAUGAAUGGCGGCGCGUAUGGAGCCGCGCCGAGCACGAUGCUGAUGAACCCGCUGAAUAACGGCGAUAUGACACAACAGACGUGGCCGAUAUCGCCGAUUACGCUGUUCACUUCGAGACCGAUGAAUGGCCGCCUGCGGGAAUGCGAAAGCCCGGGGACCAACGACUACGCAUCGAUGGUGGGCGAGAGCGUAUUCGGUGGUCCGAGCCAUGGCCGUGGAGUUAUGAUGUCUUCACGAGGCCACCAAUCCGGGCCAGUCUCGAAUCGUGCUCCUCCACCCAACACGCCACUCUGUGGCUCCUCACUGAUGGCACCACCUCAUCCAUCCCCGGCGGAGACCGAAUUUGAGGAUGACGAUCGGCGACGGAUCUUGAACAAUGCC